AUGGACAAUUUGGAUCCUCUAAAGAAAACAUUUGGCCAAGAAAACAACGCCUUUCAUGUUGCAAUACUAGGUGAAGCUAAUCCCAAAGAUUUACCAGUGCAGAAAUUGCUACUAUCCCAUUCCUUGCUUGCCUUUCAGCCAAACAAGAAAGGGGACACCCCGCUACAUUUGGCGGCCAAGUUGGGGAAUGAGAGUUUCGCAGUGGUUCUGAUAGAUCAUGCAAAGACAUUAGGCCAUGAUAGUGACUACAGAAAUCUGCUGAGGAAGGUGAAUUAUGAGAAGGAAAACACAGCACUUCAUGAAGCUGUGAUCAACGGUCAGUUUGAGAUUGCAAAGCGGUUUGUAGGAUUUUUACCGUUUUAA